GCGCCUCAGCCUGACUUGUGAAGACAAUGCACGCACGAAGGCGAAAUUCGAGUUGGAGAAAGAAAUGCUUCAAAAGAAAAUCGACGUUCUUAGAGAGGUAGGGAGACUUCUCAACAUCGACCAGAGAGCGCAGAGGAAACGGCCUGUCUGGCGAGGCCUCAAGCCGAAGUUUCGACUGCACAGAACUCCAACAGACGGACGAAUAGACAUGUGAAUAGAUCUCUUAGCAGGUGACAUGCACAGAGAUGUUGUUACAAUGCUGGACUUACGCAUACAUGCGCCCAUUCGUAAAUUCAGCAAUACCUAUAUACAUUUAUCUCUGCAUACGAGUGUCUAUAUACACAUCUGUAUAUGGCUUUGCACGCCAGAAGAGAGAAAAUGCUGGACGAAGCAUGAGAAAAAGAAGCCUUUUCGAAGUACAGAUUGCACUUCAGAAAGCGGCUGUUCACAUUCACACUGGAAAUGUGCCGCGUAGAUCAACGAGGAGGAGCACAAAAGCAUGUCCGUUGGAACCUGACAGAUGAAGCAUGUCGCCUGUUUGUUGUCUCUUUUCCAAAGCCGGACGUCUCGCUGAUUCGUGCGAGCUUUUUUUCAUUAGAAGGUCAAUUUUCAAUAGACGAAACCAAAGUAACUUUCAGCGGUAUGAAUGGCAGUUUUUUUGAAAGUACUGUACUUCCUGUAAGUAGAUGUGUAUCCAGCGCGGCAGGUUCAGAAUAUUUGUAAGCGAAGAAUUUGACUGUUGCAGAUUAGAACAACUCGAAUCGAGUGGAGGCGAAAGACGGCCCGAUGAUAUACUGGGUGUCUCGCUGCAGCGACGAGGUACAGACAACCGCGUUCUUCAUGCGUGAGGCAUCCGAGGUCCUUGUAUUGUUUCUUCCUGUGUCCUCCCAGGAACUGACGCUCCUUCAGAAGCAAAGCAGCGAGGAAUCUGCGAGAGACAGAGCGAAACUGGUGCUGCUCCGAGAGAAACUUGCCGCGUACGAAACGAUGGAACAUGAAGUUGACGCAGCUCUCAACUUCCUUGCUGCAGAAGGAUGUGACGGAGCAGAACGGGAGCGGGGCAGAGCCGCUGAAGAGGCAAAAACCCUUUCAACUCCAGCAACACGUCGCCUUCAAGAAAGUCUCUUUUUGGCAAAAAAGUUGAGAUCGAAAACUGCGGAGUUACAAACGGUGCAGAUGAAACUUCAAGACGCAGAGAAACGGAUUGCUCACUUGGAGCGAGAAAGUUUCAUUUUGCGCGCGUCUGUGGACAGCCAGCACAAGCCGCAGUCGUGGCUGCAGAGUCGUUUGCGGGACAAAGAACUGGAGUUGCUUUCGACUCGUGAGCAGUUGCAAGAGGCACAGGAAACUUUGGAACGCCAGGAGAAACUGGUGGAGAGAACUCUGGAGGAGAAAACGCGGUUGACGCUCGAGUUGAAGGACCUCGCAGAAAGCCGGACGGUAUGGGAGGCACUGAAGCACGCACUGCGGGCAAGAAAAUCAAACCAGACGCUGGGCUCUCGCAUGAACACUCGCCGAAUCGUUGCCGGUCUGACAGCAGCGACGCAACACAGACUUUCGUCUUCAACUCGCGACGGAAAUCUCCUUCCAUCAGGUAGAUCCUCCUCCGAGAGGCGGCGCUCUGCGCUCAAAUCUCUUCUCCAGCGUUUGCUUGCCGGCCAGACGGGGUUGAGAGGUAGUGAUAAGAACGACGGUCCUUCAAAGACCAAGGCUUUCUGUCGCGAAUGGCAGUCUAGGAAAAACCGGCUUACUUCCUGGGACCUUCCCCACCCGCAUUUGCCUUCACAACAUGCAGAAGAACUCGGGGAUAAAUGCAGAGGUUUCCUGCCCCAGAAUGAAAAUCCCCUGCCCAUCGUCAUAGGUGACGAGACACUCCCUGACGCGGUUUGGUUCGGCCAAGAAAACACUGGAGCGGCGCGGAACUCGAGUUGCUUGCUUUCCACCGAGAGAGGCUUGAGAGAAAACGCGAUGCUGUCGUUUCUCGGGAAGCGACAGCAGGCCAGUGCCGGCUCUCCAAAGAAAAACUUCCAAACACGAGUUGUUUCUCGAGGUGCCACGAUGCCCGAAAUGAAAGUUGCGCGAAUCUGCUCCACGCAGACUGCGGAAAAACGCGGAGCGCCUGUCUGCGAACUUGAGAAAACGACGGAGAAAAGCGAACGGGUCGGAACGCCAGAAAAAAUGGUGAAAAGAAAGUCCGCGCUCGGCCGUGACCCUCGGUGCGCGACACCUGCAGACAAGGAGAACUUCCGGGGAGACGGAGAAGGAAUUCCUCGUCGAAAUUUCUCGAAACACAAACCAGAAGAAACCCUCUAG